CACGCCCAGCCCCACGGCCGCACCGCGCCUCGCGGGACAGGUUGGGCAGGCGGGGCGGCGCCCGGCUCCGGGGAAUAAUGAGUGUCUGUCAGGCCGUCCCCGGGUGACUGGGCGGGGCGGGGCGGAGGCGGCGCGGGAGGCGAGGGUGGCGGGGGAAGGGCGCAGGGCGGGGUGCGUGUUUGCGCUAGUGACUCGGCCGACCCCUCCGGCGGCUGCCUCCACCCAAGUGGGUGGGGACCCGCCCAGCCCGGGCGGCCGCGGCGGCUCCCUCUCCCCUCCCUGACCCUCCCACCCCGGGUCCCAGCCUCUACUUACCCCGCCAGCCCUGGGAGGCUCGCAGAGCGAGCGGCGCCGGCGUCAUGUGACUGCCCGGAGUUGGUGCCAGGAGCCAGAGGGGAGCCAGGAGCGGAGCCGCGCGGAGCCGGGGCCCGAGCUGGAGCGCAGCGCGAGCGCCCGCCGAACCGAGCCGAGCCGCGCCCGCCGCACGCGCGCCAGUCCCCGUCCCCUGCGGCCGCCACCGCCAACGCCGCCGGGACUGGAGCGCUGACACCACUGCAUCCGCGGGUUUCCAGGCAGCCCGGAUCCGGGCCUUUAUUUCUCGCCUGCAGCGCUCAGCACCGCGCCUCGAAAACAAUAGAAGACUGAGCUAGGAGACAGAUCACCGAGUGACGUGAAAACGAGACGCCUUUCCAGGCCAAACACCAGAGCACCCUAGAAAGCAUAAUUAAAAGAAUGCUCAUGUUUGACCCAGUCCCUGUCAAGCAAGAGGCCAUGGAUCCUGUCUCGGUGUCAUACCCGUCUAAUUACAUGGAGUCGAUGAAGCCCAACAAGUAUGGCGUCAUCUACUCCACACCGUUAUCUGAUAAGUUCUUCCAGACCCCAGAAGGCCUGUCGCAUGGGAUGCAGAUGGAGCCGGUGGACCUCACCGUGAACAAGCGGAGCUCGCCGCCCUCUGCCGGGAACUCCCCCUCCUCCCUGAAGUUCCAGUCCUUGCACCGGAGAGCCUCGCCAGGGCUGAGCCUGCCGUCGUCCAGCCCACCGGGGAAGAAGUACUCGCCGCCGCCGCCGCCCGGCGUGCAGCCCUUCAGCGUGCCGCUGUCCAUGCCGCCUGUGAUGGCUGCGGCCCUCUCCCGCCACGGCAUCCGGAGUCCCGGCAUCCUGCCCGUCAUCCAGCCUGUUGUCGUGCAGCCCGUCCCCUUCAUGUACACCAGCCACCUCCAGCAGCCGCUCAUGGUCUCCCUGUCGGACGAGAUGGAAAAUUCCAGUAGUAGCAUGCAAGUCCCUGUAAUUGAAUCAUAUGAGAAGCCUCUAUUACAGAAAAAAAUUAAAAUAGAACCUGGGAUCGAACCACAGAGGACAGAUUAUUAUCCUGAAGAAAUGUCACCCCCUUUAAUGAACUCAGUGUCCCCCCCGCAAGCACUGUUACAAGAGAAUCACCCUUCAGUCAUCGUGCAGCCCGGGAAGAGACCUUUACCUGUGGAAUCUCCAGACACCCAGAGGAAGCGGCGGAUACACAGAUGUGAUUAUGAUGGAUGCAACAAAGUAUACACUAAAAGCUCUCACUUGAAAGCACACAGAAGAACACAUACAGGAGAAAAACCCUACAAAUGUACAUGGGAAGGAUGCACAUGGAAAUUCGCUCGGUCUGAUGAACUCACGAGACAUUUCCGAAAACAUACUGGAAUCAAACCCUUCCAGUGUCCAGACUGUGACCGCAGCUUCUCCCGCUCCGACCACCUUGCCCUCCAUAGGAAACGCCACAUGCUCGUUUGAAUGCCUCUAUCUCCCGCCUCAGCGUGGCUCCCACUCUCCCAGCUCUCUCUCUGUCCUCCCUCCCAUUAUCUAACUCAUCUUUUUACAUGUACAUUUUAAUUUUGAUUCAGCUGGUCUGAAUCUCUGAAUUUAUAUCAUUCAAACUUCCAUAUGGUCAGUAGUAAAUAUUCUCUAAUCUUCCCUCUCCUUGCCACGGGUCAGACCUAAAGAAUGUGAACAAUUUUUUUUUUCUUUUUUUUUUUUCCGGGGAUGCUAAGCAAACCCUUCUUAGAGAUACGUUUAAUGUAAUGAAAGCAAGGGAACAUGUAAACUAACAUAACCAAUUGCUUCUCCAUGUAAUCCUCAAAAGAAUGUCAAAGUAAAUGUAUUAGAAAUACAGUAUCCAGCCUGCUAGUCCUUGCCAGAGGCAUCCAGACCUCUGUGCUCUGUGAUCGAGUUUGGUGCUCCACAGCAAAAAGAAGGGUGGAACCUUUCACAGAUUAGCUAGACAUGCAACAGGCUUUCAGACUAGUACAGUCAACUCUUCCAUUGUCCUUCACAGAUGUGGCUGGUCAAUUUGGAUUUAGCACUUCAUCUAAAUGUAUGUCCGUUAUCCUCCUUUGUGCCUGCAGCUACUAAGGAGGUCUUUGCCACCAGGGAGGUGAGCCAGAGCUGCUGAUUUAGGUGGAUGAUGUCUGUCCAUUGAGGGGGUGGAUACUGUACUUGCUAGCGUGGAGUCGGAGCAAAGGGGCAUGCAGCAGGGGCAGAGCAAGGCGGGCAAAGGAGGAAGCCAGCCAUUCCUGCUCGCCUAGGGCUUUUUGGAGACAAUUCAUCAUUUGGUUCGCUGGGCAGUACAUUCCCAGAGCUUCAGUCUCUAUGCACAUUCAGCUGUGCGGAACCCUACUGCAAAGCCAGAUACUGAUGGGGUUCUCCAUGCACCUGUCUCUGUUUCUACAAUGUCCUUAAUGUCAAUUACCAAGCAUUGAUAGGGAUGCCACAAAACUAUUUGCUCAGUAAUGGGAAAAAAUCUUUUGGAUAAGGGUAUGCAUGGUUUUCUUUAAUGGCCUUCUUUUACCCCACCUACUUAACAGCUUUUUUUUGCAAACAGGGAAACGUUGAGUGGUAAUUGUAUCCCCCUAUCAAAUUAAUCAUGGAGGCUUCAUAUGGAGACAUUUCUCUGUGAGCUGUAAGGUGCCAAAUUGGCUGUCAUCUGUGUACAUGACACACACCGUAAAUAAGCAUCUGCUAACGCUUUAGUAGAUUCCUUCAGUUUAAGACCUGAGAGACACUAUUUGUAAAUAUAAAUAGUUGUGAAGCACACAUACCUUUCCUGGGGGACAGAUUUAUGAAAAAUCUAGAAAACCACAGUUCAGGGAUUCAUAAAUGUAGCUCAAAUUCCCAGAUGUUUACUGUUGGAGCCGGCAAUCUCCUAUCACUAUCAAGUAUCCUGUCAGAAGAACAAACUGAAAAUGACUCGUGUUUAUGUUGAAGAUUAAUAGCACCAUCAUUUAGGGGAAGUUUUGCAAAAGCAGGCUUUUGAGCACCAUAGUGUAAAUGCCAGUAAAAAUAAUUUGUGCGUGGAAAUGCCAUUGGUCCUAAAUUUGAAGAAAGUGGGCGACGGUGGUGUAGUGUGGGUGCAUUUAAGCAAAUGCACCUUCAUCCCUCGAUAAAGGAUGGAGGAGCAGAGAGAAGAAUGGAAUCCUGAAGAUUCAUCCCAGCCACAACUCAGGAUCCAACACGACCUUAACUGGGAGGAAUACACUGUUCAGUUGUUUUUUUUUUAAGACAGUGCGUGAGUGAUUCUGGAGGCCUGCGAAUCGUGUGGGGAGCGUACUUUGACGGCGCCGUGUUAAUAAAAGUUAGUUGUAGGGACUGCACACCUAAGAGAUCCCGCUCGUAAGCCCUCGGAUCCAACUGAAAGGAGAUGUAGUUGAGAAAUGCAAAGUAAUUUGUCACGGGGGCACUUGGUUUUCCUUUUUUUUUUUUAAGCACUGCAAAAUUUGUUUAGACUAUUAAAACAUCCUUAUGAGGCUUUUUUUUUUUUUUGCAACUAUGACAUGAAUUGAGGGAUAAAAAAAGAAUGGCUCUUGGAAAAGUAGAUAUUGUCUGUAUUGUAGAUGCUUAGUCCCAUUCAUGCCAAAAUGUUUAUUGCUUGAAAUGGUUCUUCCACAACGCACUGAAGAAUUAAGUUGGAGUGCAAAGAACAUUUUUGUUUUAAUGGAGAUAACCAGUUUGUGUGUGUUCUAACCCAUCUUGAAGGUGGGAAAAGGGGCAAGAAAGGAUAGGAUUGAUCUUGGAAUAAUUAGCUGUGAGUCUAAGUCCAGCUGAUAGAAAGCUUCGUGGGUUCUCAUGAAAUUUGAUGUGUGCGCUAUGGCAUAUUGACUUUUUUUUUUUCAGAAAA